AUGGCUUCUACCCUCCUUCGCACUCCGUCGCCCCUUCAGAUGCUAAUCCCGCCAUCCGAGCUUAGAUGGCCGACCUCACCAGCAUCUCUGCGUGCAGACAACCUCCUCGACCAGCUGCAUGGUGUCGAAGCAGAGGAGAUUGAAACCUCACUGAAAUCUCGACGAGGGCGUUUCGAUCUGAUUCCCUAUUAUGACUGGCACUCGGCCCUUCCUGUUUUCCUCCCAAGUUUUCCUUCCGCCUCAAUCCCCCAUUCCACUUCGAAUCCCGCGUCUUCCACCUCAAUUGCUUCUUUUCCCACUACAAAUUCUAUCAACCCCUCAUCCAGACCCUCAUCCAAACUUCUUUGUGCGCCUCGGACAACAUUAACUCUGCCUCGUCAUUUCCGCGUGAUCGCCCCGCGAAGUUUUUCUUCCACUACUAGAAUCGACGUGUUCGAUGCUGGGUGGGCUGCUUGA